GCUUACUGCUUUUUCUUCUCUUCCUCCUCAGACUGUUUUUGUUGCCCUCAUUUCGAUUGAUUUGCUGGCACUUUCUCGUCCCCAGUAAGUCUUAUUUCACGUUACACUGCACUACUGAAUGAACACAUUUGCGAAUUUUGCAGGUCAAAAGUGAUCAUCUUACUCAACUUGUAAAGUUUUGUGUGCUUUCAGUGAAAUGAGAUCUGCCAGUCAGCAACAAGGAGGAGGCUCCAUUAUGUCGAGAAACAAUAAAGAAGACGACGAAGAUGAGCUGGAAGCUUUGCGUUUGGCUGCCCUCGAAAGUUUGAGGGCAAAGGGACUUCCUCCACCUGUUGUGUUGCAAGGCCAGCGUUUGUCACCCAAACACAAUGUUUGCAGCAACGCAGUUUUUCAGCGUCAUUUUGGCAAUCAAAAUUUGAUAGCCAUCAUUCCAGUAGAGAACAAUUCUGCAAGUUCCUCACCUUACCAAAAUUCAUCUCCUCAUCACCCUCCAUCACUUGAUUCGAAACCUCCACCCAUGAGGAAUAAUUCAUCGAGACCCCCUCCUUUGAAGAACCCUCCAACCACCAGUUUGGUUUCACACAAUAGUCCUGUGGAGGAGAAAAGAUCGAAUAAAUUUAGUCGUUUUGAAGACUCUGACAGUGAUGAGAGUGAUGAUGUCGAAAUGUCUUUUGCCAAGUCAGAAAGUGAAGAAGAAGAGUUUGUGAUUGAAGAAGGUGAUGCAGAAGACUUGAUUAUUGAAGUAGAGGAUGAAAUCAUUGAAGAAAUAGAAGAAGAAUCGAAUGGAGCAACUGAGCUCUCUCCAGCUGUUGCCACCAUACCAGAAGAUAGAGUGAACGUUGCCACCUCUGGCGUGAAGCCUAGCGAGAAAUCUGCUAGCCCUUCCGGUCAAAUUAGUACUCCAACGCCUCCUGUUAAGAUUACGAUGACAGAUUCCACUAAAGAGGGUCAUGCAUCGCGAGAUGUCAGACAUUUUGAAAGUAAUCGGAAAACUGAUACGGGAGAAUUUGCUAGGCGAUCCCCCCAAUUAAGUUCUUCGGCAACUAGAUCUCCUCCUAAUGCACAUUCUCGUCGGCGGUCUCCUCCCAGGCAACAAAGGAGCCCUCAGAGAAUGCAGAAAUCCUCACCAAGACCUCACAGGUCUCCUCCAAGAUCCCAAAGAUCUCCCGUAAGAGUCCAGCGAUCACCGGUGAGAAUCCAACGAUCUCCAUCAAGAGUGCAAAGAUCUCCCCUUAGGGUCCAGAGAUCUCCUCCAAGGGUCCAGAGGUCUCCACUCAGGAGGUCGCCAUUGAGAUCCUCAGAUCGGGACAAGCCAAAAGACCGAGGAACCAGCAAGACCAGCAGCGGUUCUGAUCGUUCCGGACCAGAAGAGAAUAAAAGAGCCGAUAAAAAGCGAGUCAACACAUCUGUGGAUUCCGUUCGAUCGUCAGAGCAGCGUCGAACAAGCGACAAGUCUCGUUCUCCAACGUGCGAGAGGAAGCCAUUGUUGAAAAGGUCACCUCCGCGUUCGGUUUCCAACGAUUCCCGGGAUUCUCGAAAGCUCGUCACGCCUUCGCUGACCGAGACGGAACGUGAUCGACUCGAGUCACGCAAGCGUAAAUUUGAAACGGCUCCCGACCAAGACUCGUCUGUCAAAAAGGAGGGAAAGAUUCGACUGCGGACGGAAAUAAAUCGCAAGACACCGCCAGUGCAGCUGAAGCGCAGAGAAGAGAAACUGACCAAGAAACCCGAUGCAGUGGUCGAACAGAUUCAAGUAAGGAGGGAUGAGCCGAUUUCUUCGGUGCCGGACAAGACGGACGAAGAAGAUGUCGACAGGAAAUCAUCCAAGAAAAAUAAACGGUCCUCGAAGAAAUCGAAAGAUAAGAACCGUAAUGGUAAAACUCUUUCUGGCAGCGAUGGAGAUAACGCACCUGUAAAACCUCUUAGCAACAAAAGUAGUGAGACAUCUGACGCACAUCUCGACUUACGAGCAGAACUCCAGAGAAGAAGGGGUCAUCGCUAUGAAGAGGACGAGGAACCACGGAGUCGCACGCCGGAAACGCGUCGGAUAUUGGUUUUGAAUUCACCUCCGACAUCGACCGCCUCAGCAGCUCCUCCCAAACUGCCAACCGAACCGAGCGGCGUUCUGUCGAAGCAUCAACGGCUCGUUUCAGAAGGCCAAUCUAAGCCGGGCACGUCGUCGUCGUCCGGCUCGUUGCCGAAAAGAAACGGCAGGGUCAAACUGAAACGUACCCUACUGGCCACUCCGAUCGAGAUCGAUCAAGGACCAGAGACUGAUCCCUUAGAAGAUCGCAUCCGACUGAUCCGGGCACAGAACGAGCUGAUUCGCAAGCGACAACGGGAGAUUGAAGCUGAUAAAUUGCAGUAUGCUUGAUUGUUAAAAAAAAAAAAAAAAUUAAAUUACAAUUUCUCCUAAAAAAUUAUUAAAAAAGAAAAAAAAAUGAGAAAACCAACAAAACAGUAGUUUAAUCACGCUAUACAAAGUUGAAUGCUUAACAUUUAUCAUUUUGAAGUCAAUCUGUAUAUUUAUUCAUUGGAAAUUUAUUCUCUACCAAUUUUUGUUUCCUUUUUCCCCUUUUUGUCUCUUUCGGAUUUUUUUUUUGUGUGUCUCUCCUACAGUUUAAAUAGUUUCAACUUGUAGUGCCCUGAAAAAUGCGUCUUCGUAGAAUACAAUUUCAAGUGCCUCCUUCCUCCCAACUAAAACAAAAGUUGCGUCUCGUUUCUUUAGCCCUGCCCCACGGUUGUUUUUUGACGUUUUGAUUUAAUACGAUCGUCUCAAAUACAUUUAUAUUGAAAUAUU